CCACGGGGCAGCCCCAUCCCCGUCCCAUCGCUUGCCCAGUGGGGAUGUGGCCAGACGGGGUGUGAGGAGCCGUGGGGCUGGUCCCCAGGGAAGCUGAGCCCAAAACAUCCCUCGGAGCCGGAGCCCCGACCGCACGAUGCUGAGCCUGAAGUUACCCCGGCUGCUCAGCGUCCACCAGGUGCCCAAGGGGUACCAGGAGCAGGGGAUCCUCUUUGGGUACCGUCCCCCCCGAAGCUCGGCAGCAGAUUGUCUCCUCAGCGUCUUCCAAAUGACCAACGAGACGCUGAAUAUCUGGACACAUUUUGUGCCUGCCUGGUACUUCGUGUGGACCCUGGUGGGGCGGCUGCGGGGGCCGGGGGGCCCAGAGGACCCCCAUGCCUGGCCCCUCCUGGCCUACCUGCUGACCUGCUGCAUCUACCCCCUGGCCUCCAGCUGCGCCCACACCUUCAGCACCAUGUCCACCCGCGCCCGCCACAUCUGCUACUUCUUCGACUACGCGGCCCUCAGCAUGUACAGCUUGGGGUCGGCGCUGGCGUACUCGGCCUACGUUUUCCCAGCGGAUUGGGUCAACAGCACCUUCCACCACUGCUACGUCCCCAUCGCCCUCUGUAACACCCUCGUCAGCACCGGUCUGUCCUGCUAUUCCAGGUUCCUGGAGGUGGAGCAGCCCCGGUUCAGCAAGGCGUCCCGCACCCUGGCCUUCGUCUACCCCUACCUCUUCGACAGCAUCCCUCUCUUCUACAGGUUCUACCUGUGCGCGACGGAGAGCUGCACGGAGCCCGCCAUCCUGGUCCACUACAAGCACACGGUCUUCGCCUUCCUCACCUGCUUCAUCUUCGCCAGCCACCUGCCCGAGAGACUGGCCCCAGGGCACUUUGACUACAUCGGGCACAGCCACCAAGUUUUCCAUGUCUGCGGGAUCCUCGGCACGCACUUCCAGAUGGAAGCCAUCAUGAUGGACAUGGCCCAGGGCCACCACCGGCUCCCACCCUCCUCCCUGCAGACCCUGGGCUCCAUGGGCAUCUGCGUGGCCGUGAGCCUGGCUGUCAUCGGGCUCUGCUCCUCCUCCCUGCGCUUCAUGCCAGAGCCUCUCCAGAGGGAAAAACCACACGGGCAUUAGGCUUCACGUCUCCGUGGUGUUUCUGCUGCUCCCCAGGAGAGACCCUGAGCACCACCUCUAUGGUAGGGCACGAGGAGGGAGAGACCCUCAACACCACCUCUACGGUAGGGCACAAGGAGGAGUUUAUUUGCCUUCGCUCUCUGAGAAAAUGUUUAUUUAAAAUUUCCUCGAGAGCAAAAAAAAAAAACAUAUUGCACUGGUUUUUGUACAUAUAGCUUUAAAGCUGGGAGCAAUUAUGCAAAUGCUUUUAAUCAAGUUGCUAUUUCACCACAAGAAAUUAUUUAAAAUAAUCUUUUUUUUUUUUCUCCUGUGAAGGGGAGAUAAGUGCUAAUACUUUUCCAAAGCAAUAGGCAUUCAUCAGGUCUGCCUUACGGAGGAAUUGGGGGGCAAGUGAAUGUAGGUAAAGCUGGUCAUCUGGUGACAUGGACGUCCUUGUCAUCAGUGUAGACCAACAGCCAAGACUCCUUGGCAAAGGCACGAGCAAGGGCUCACCCAGGAGCUCCCUAACCGAGGUUUGCACCUUAAAAGUGGCAUUCUUUUGGAGAUUAAAACCUCAAAUAUCCCUGUUACACAGCCUUACGUGACACCCAAGUGCCUGACAGAUGUGGGAUUCAGAGAGACUAGAGUUUGCCUACGUUUUAAAUUCAGCAAUUUUUAAUCAUGACCUGAAAAGAGUUAUUCUAGAACUCUUCACGGGGCAUUCCUCCAGAAUAGCUUUAUUUUGGGUCCAAUUCCGGUGCAUAGGUAAGUCCUGGGAAAUUAAUUCUGACGGGAGAGGUGAGCUCGAGGUGAGAGAUGAGGAGGAGAUUCCUUAGAAGCGCUGUUUUGUACCGAGUGUUUAACACUCAAAGUUGUCUGGGGGCAGCUGUGCUGUCCAGAAAAAAGGUGUUUGACACCUUGUGGAGGGCACUGAGAAAGUCACCAGUCCAGGAGUCACUUCCCGGGGGCUACUGGAGGUGAGAUACAGGGCUAGACAGAAGGUGUGAGGGUGGUAGAGCCAUCACCUCCAAACUGCCCUCGUUUCUGGUCCCUCUUGCAGAGAAGAACGUUUUUCUUUUCAUGAGUGAAGAGGAUGGGGGUGUCUGGGGGGAAUAAAACAGCAGCUGAGCAAGAAGCGGGAGUGUGUGCAGAGCAGAGAGACGAGCGUUGUCAGAUGAGAGGCAGGAGUUGGAAGAGCUCAGAGGGUAAUGCACUGGGAGGGGUCAAACUCUCUAAUUUUAAAGCCUUUCCAGAGUUAGAGCUCUGCUCACCCAGCAAUAGCCACGUGCUCCGGCUCUUCCUCCUUGUCCUUUGCUGCUGCACCUGGAUUUCAUGGGCAGAAGCAGAGAGUCCUGGUCCGGGCGAGGGGGACGCAGCCCACAGGGACUGGUGGCUCCAGUGGCUGGGGGUGGCUCCAGC